AUGAGGCAGAAGUACAUGUCACGUCAGGGGCACAGCACCGUUGGAAAUGACACGCGGCUGACGACAACUCAGGAGAGCAAGGCGGUGCCGUUCGUGGAGCUGACGGUGGCGCAUGCGUCGGUGCUGACCAUCCUGGCCAUCAGCUUCGAGCGCUACUACGCCAUCUGCGAGCCGCUGCGGGCCGGCUACGUCUGCACCAAGGCGCGCGCGCUGCUCAUCUGUCUGCUCGCCUGGGCCCUCGCAGCCCUCCUCACCAGCCCCAUGCUGGCCAUUUCGCAGUUCGCGUACCACCAGUACGCGGACGGUUCGCUGGUGCCCACGUGCCUCAGCGAGGCGGCCGCCCUCUGGCAGAAGCUGUUCUUCACGGUGUCCAGCGCCACCUUCUUCGCGGUUCCGGUGGCGGUGCUGCUGGCGCUCUACGGCAAGAUCGCGCGCCACCUCAUGGCCGCCCCGGGCGCGGCCGGGGCGCCGCCGGAGGCGGGCGGCAACGCGCGCGCCCGCCGCCAGGUGGUGCUGAUGCUGGCCACGGUGGUGCUCUCCUUCUUCCUGUGCCUGCUGCCGUUCCGCGCCUUCACCCUCUGGAUCGUGUUCGCCAGCAGCGCGUCGGUGCGCGCGCUGGGCAUCGAGGCCUACUACAGCCUGCUCUACUUCUGCCGCACCAUGUUCUACCUCAACUCGGCGGUGAACCCCAUCCUGUACAGCCUCAUGUCGUCCAAGUUCCGCGCCGGCUUCGCGCGCCUCUUCGGCUACCGCGAGCGGCAACUGGCGCUGCUGCGCGGCGCCGACGGCGAGAUGCGCAACGGCGCCGGCAGGGCGUGGCCGACGCUGGCGGCGGUGCGCCGGCAGCACCGCUCGGCGCCCGACCUGUUCGCCUGGCGCUCCGGGUCGCGCUCCUCGCUGGCGUCGGUGCGGUCGGCGGCGGCGGCGGCGUCGGCGUCUGCGGCGGCUGCCCGCGGCCCGGCGGCGCGCGCCCGCGCCCACUGCCCGCUGCCCGCCAAGCGGACCGCCUCCGACGCCGGCCCCACGUGGAAGGAGCGCUCUGCGCGCAGCCGCAUGGCGUCCUUCCGGCGCAACGCCGUCAUGCGCUCCACGGCGCUCAGCUUCGACCUCGACGGCAGGGGCCGCGAUGCCUCGGAACCCCUCAAAGGAAACAACGCCACGGACAGCAGCCACCACACUCUGCACCUAGACGUGGUGAAAGGCAACAGGGUGAAUGCCAAUCUGUCUCAAGGUAUCUGGAGGCACCUUGUUUGCCCUGUUGAAGCUGUCGAAGCGUACGUUGAUCUAGAUCUUGAUUAUGUAGGUGGUACUUCACUUCAGCUGAUCCCGGUGACGGCGCUGUCGUCGUACGAGCUGGCGGAGUACACAGACGGCAGCGUGGUCGCCAUCUGCCUGACGGAGGCGGCCACCUUCUGGGCGGCCGCCUUCUUCGUGGGGGCCAUCUCGCUCUUCUUCCUGCUGCCGCUCGUCGUGCUGGUGGCGCUCUACAGCGUCAUCGCGCGCCACCUCAUGGAGGCGCCCGACAUCGUCCAUCACCACCAGCACAACCACUACCGCUACCGGAAGCAAGUGGUGCUGAUGCUCGGAACGGUCGUGGUGUCGUUCUUCGUGUGCCUGCUGCCGUUCCGUGCGCUCACGCUGUGGAUCAUCGUGGCGCCGCCGGAGGCGCUCAUGUCGCUCGGCAUGGAGGGCUACUACAACCUGCUAUACUUCUGCCGAACCAUGCACUACCUCAACUCGGCGGUGAACCCCAUCCUGUACAACCUCAUGUCGUCCAAGUUCCGCAACGGCUUCGCGCGGCUGUGUUGCGGUCGGCGGCGCUCGAGGCGCGCUGGCGGCUCCGAACCGCUGGGCCGCAAGGGCACCGCCACCUCGAGCACCGCCGCCACCACCGGCACCACCGCCACCAACGCAAGCACCGACGGCGGCUCCCGGCGGCACUCUCGCUGCCGCGGCAGGCGCGCGUCGGGCAGCGCCAACGGCGUCUGUGGGGACAACUCCGCCCCGCGAGACAGCUAUGUCUGA